GGGCUGCUCUGCUCUUUCCAGGUCUGCUUUGUGUGUGGCGAGAGGGGGGCCACCAUCACCUGCCAGGAGGUGGGCUGCGACCGCAGGUUCCAUCUCCCCUGUGCCGUGGAAGGUGGAUGCGUCACCCAUUACCUCGUGCCGUACAGUUCCUUCUGCUGGGAGCACCGCCCACAGCAGCAAGAGCUGGCGGCUCCAGAGGACAUCAACUGCAUCAUCUGCAUGGACCCUGUUGAAGGCAGAACGACCUAUGGGACCAAGGUGUGCCCAGCAUGCAAACGUGCCUGGUUCCACAGGGCCUGCAUCCAGGUAGGAGCCGUUCACUUGCUCCGGGCACAGCAGGCUCUCAGCAGCACCAGAGCCUCACUCACGCUUUUUCUGUUUCUCCUGCAGGGACUGGCUAUGUGUGCUGGCGCUUUUUCCUUGCAGUGCCCUCUGUGUCAAAAUACGAGACUGUUUCUAACAGAAAUGUUCUUCAUGGGGAUCCGAAUCCCAGUGAGGUUGGUGUCCUCCUGGCCAGCACUGCGCCACGCCUGGACCUGCCCCCGCAGUUAUGCUCCAUGCAGGAGUUGGAAACGGGGUGUGGGUGGAAGAGCGGGGAGGCCCUGCAUAUGCCUUAUGCUGUGGCAGCAGGGGCUCAUCAAGUUUCCUUUCUCCAUCAGACAAGCGUCAAGGGGAGACAGCAAUGCAUGCGCAGAACUGUACCAGAGGCACAGGAGCUGCGAUGCCAGGGAGUGCCUUUGUCCAGGAGGCAGAGGGGUGGCAGAGCCAGAUGGGCCCUGGCAGCUCUUUCUGUGCAGCUCCUGUGCUGCUGUGGGCACUCACAGACGCUGCUCCAACCUGGGGAACAGCCAUGAGGCCAGAUGGGAGUGUGACAGCCAUGCUGGCCUGGGCAGCUCCUCCAGUGCCAGGUCAGAGCUUGCUGGUCCCAGCACUACCGGCCCAGCAGCAUCGGGGCAGUCUCCUAGAUCUCUGGAACUGGAGUUCAGCAGCCCCAGCACCCGCAGCCAGGCAGCAUCAGAGCAGACCCGCAGGUGGAGCACCACCAGGCAGCAGCCAUCGGUGGCAUCCCGUGGCUCUGCACCACUGCAAAGAAGCAGGGGCAACGGACCCAGUGAGCCCAUGCGGGUGUGA